CGAAAAUAAAUUCCUGAAAUUUGAAUCGCACAAAGAGUAAAGCUGAGAAGUAAACCCAAAGUCACCCAAAUUUCCUCAUCAUCAAUAUUAUACUCCUCCCUCAGAUGGAACACCCCAAAAUCGUGUCCGAAAAAUGCUAAAGCAUCCGAAAAACGCCGUCAUGGUUCUCGCCCGCUGCUUCUCCGAUCUCGACCGGCGCCUCCUCCUCCUCAUCCUCAUCCCUCCCCUCUCUCUCAUCGUCUUCUUCUCUCUCUCCUCCUUAUCCCCUGUCCGAUCCUUCAUUCUCGGCCGCACGAUCCUUCACCCCCAGCAAGCCGUUAUGCUCAACUCCACUGACUCCCAACAAAGCGACGUCGUAUUCGCUCCCUCGUCCUGGAAGGAUGAGCUGGAUCGCUCGAGAAUCGCGGUGUGCUUGGUCGGUGGGGCCCGGAGGUUCGAGCUCACCGGGCCGUCCAUAGUCGAGAAGAUACUGUUAGAGUAUCCGAAUUCGGAUCUUUUCUUGAAUAGUCCGAUGGACUCCAACGCCUUCAAGUUCUCGCUACUCAACUCCGCCCCGAGGCUCGCGGCCGUCAGGAUUUUCCGGCCCAAACCGAUGCCCGAGUCCGAGUUGCAGCUCCGAGUCUUAACCGCCCACAACUCGCCGAACGGCAUCCAGGGUCUACUGCAAUAUUUCAAUCUUGUGGAAGGCUGCCUGACACUAAUUCAACAAUACCAGAAGCAGAACAACUUCACCUACGACUGGAUAGUCCGAACCCGGGUUGACGGGUACUGGAACGCCCCGCUCGACCCGAAAUUUUUUGUACCGGGCAAGUACCUAGUCCCACCGGGUACCAAUUAUGGCGGACUGAACGACCGGCUUGGAAUCGGGGACCUCAACACCUCCACAGUGGCCCUCUCUCGCCUCUCCUUAUUACCUCAGCUGGACGCUGCAGGGUUCCACCAACUCAACUCGGAGGCGUCGUUCAAGGCUCAGCUCACCACCCGAAAGGUCACUCCUGUCUUAAAACGACUCCCAUUUUGCAUAGUUACAGACCGGAAGUAUGAUUUCCCGCCAGUGCGUUUUGGAGUUCCAGUUGCAGCCAUUUCGAGCCCAGGCCCAUUGAGUGGAGUGAAAUGCAGGCCUUGCAAGCCAGUGUGCCAAGGCCCAUGUGUAGGAGAUGUUAUGGAGGGCCUGAACAAAGGGUGGGGCUGGACCGACUGGGCCAAUGGAACCCUGGAGCUUUGCAAUGCGCAUGGGGAUUUUGACGAGGGUUGGGAGAAGAUGUUUGAUAAGGUAGCUGGGAAGAAAUUGAGUUCGGAGCGAAAACGAGUAUGGAAAUUGACAGUGGAGAAGUGCAUUGCGAACUUUAAUAAGAUGAGAAACCGGACAGGGAUCUGGGACACACCGCCGGUGGACGAGAUUUGUAAGACAGGGAUCACCUCUGGUCCUAAGUGAAGCUACAAGCUCGUCACGGAACAAGAAACUAACAACAACAAAAACAGCAUACAGGCACAUGCACUCUUAAACACAAGGCAUACUCGUAUAGAGAUAGUUUUGGUUCAUGUAGAAUCGUUUUGGUUGUAGUGUAUAAUGUUUUGUCUAAUAUAUGAAUUGUGGAUGUUCAUUUUUAAAAGAAAUGAUGAAGAGUUUAUGGUA